AUGACAAAGAAGUCCAAAUUUGUAUUCACUUUUGAUAUAGAUACUGUAUUAUUGAAGUUAAUAGUGAAAUAUCGACAAGAUAUAUAUAGCCGAGGAUCUACUUGUAAAGGAUGGAAUUUAAUUUUAGAUGAAUUUAAUUCCAUUUUAAACAGUUCUAUAGUUCAAAGUCGAACAUUGAAUAAUCGGUUUAAAGUAUUAAGGAAAGAUCUUAAUUUAAGAAUAAGCAAUGAUUUAGUUAAAUCUGUUGGUUUAAAUGAAAAUGAAAAAAUACUUGUGUUUUUAAAUAGUUUCUUUAGUUCAAAAAGUGGUAAGUUAGCAGAGAAAGAGAAAGAAAAAGGUUUAUUGAUUGAUGGUAAGAAAUUAGAUAUCAACUUGGAUAGUAUUGAUUAUGAAGAUGUGCCGAUAGAUGAUUUAAAUCAUGAAAUCGAGAGUGAAAUCAGUAAUGAAAUGAAUAAUGAGAUGAAUAACAAUAUAAUCGACGAUGUCAAUGCCGGUCAAAGUCAUCAAGAUACUCAAAGUCAUCAAAGUAAUCAAGAUCAAGAAGAUGAUCAUGACAAUCACGAUAAUCAAACAGAAAAUGGUUCAAAUGAAAGUCGAAAUAACUCAAAUAGUUCCAUGUCUCCCAAGACAAAUAGAAGAGGAUCUUAUCAGAUGUUACAAUUACAAUAUAAUCAAAUGGAAUUAAAUAAUAUGAUACCUCAAAAUCAAUUAUCGAUGCAAAAUCAAUUACCUCAAAAUGUUUAUCCUAUGUAUCACCAUUCACCCAAUUCUUCAAUUUCUAGUCAAAUAAUCCCUGAUCAAAUGUCACCUAACUAUCAUGAAAUCGAUAAAGAUAAUAUGAACAUGGCUAUGAAUAAUGGAUUUGAAAUGUACUCACCUAAGCAAAACUUAGAUUAUUAUUAUUACGAGACCAAGAAUAGGAAGAAAGAACCUUACAGAGCCAAGAGAACCAAGCCAAAUCCAUCAAUGAAUCUGCCAAAUUUGAAUAGAGAAUUUAAUAGACCAUCACCAAACCUACCACACAAUAGACCACCCAAUCAACCACAAUAUACUCCUAACCAAACACAAUUCCGAAGACUGCCACAUUUGGGUCAACCAAAUGGCCAACUCAAUGGUCAACCGAAUGGUCAAUCAAAUGGUCAACCUAUAAAUCGACAGAAUGGCCAACAGAAUGGUCAACAAGGUCAACAGACUAACCAACCUAAUAAUCAACAGAGUACUCAACAAAUGCAACAAAAUACCCAACAGAAUAAUCAACAAACUAAUCAACAGGUUAACGGCCAGUUACAGAACAACAAUCAAAUGCAAAAUAAUCACCAAAAUACCCAUCAACUGGAAAAACUAUCCAACCAAGCUCAACUUAUUAAUGACUUACAACAAACUCAGGCUAAACAGAAUCAAGAAUUGAAUGAAUUCAGAAAAGAAUUUUUCGAUUUUAAAUAUCAAGUGGGUUCAAGAUUAGAUCAAAUCUUACAAUCUUUACAAAAGAACUGA